ACUCCCUUACAAUCUGAUGAAAUCUACUCCGUUAAAUACUUGUUCCACCGGGGGCCCCACGUAAUUUCCACCGCGUGCCAGACCUAAUUCAGUAAUUUAACUUUUUAUUGCAACCCGCCGAAUAUAUAGAGAAAGUAGACGACUAUCGUGGAUGCCCAGAAGCUGUGAUGCGUGGACGCUAAUGGCGGUAGGAAUGGCCGGAUCGCCUCGUAAACGGCGCCUCUCUCCUUCACAUCUCCCCGUGAUUUUACACUUUCGCCUUUGCCCAUCCGAUUUUAGCUUCCAUCUGCUCUUAGAACCCUAACCGGAUUUCGAGUUUUUCUUUUUUCUGUAUUGAUUUCCGUUCUCCAGGAUUGACGAAUGGCGGCGGCGGAGGGGUUGUCGAAGCUGCUAUACAUAGUGGUGGUGGAUGAUGAUGGAGCGGCGGCGGCGGCGGAGAAGAAGAAUUCGUCGUCGUUUCGGUACACGCGUUCCGUUCUCCAGAGUACUCUGCAACUCAUGGGUUGUAAGGCUCGUCACGCCUUCAAGAUUAGCCAAAGGGUAUUUGAAAGAAUGAGGCUCGAGUGCUCGGUUGAGAAGUUGGUCUCAGAAUGUAUAGAUAUGUCAUUGCAGGAUGCUAAAGUAUAUCCUCAAAGGGAUACUGACUACUUGGACAAAGAAAAUGUUAAUCACUUAUCUCAAGAGGGAGAUGUGAGUAAAAGCAAACCAUUUGAAUUGUACAAAAGACGCACCACAACGUUUGUUGGAAGAAAAAAAUUUCUAGAUGUUGUAUGUGAAGCUCUCUCGGAAUACAAGUAUGUGGGGCCAAACCAGAAGGCUGAUCUAGUCUUAGCUUGCAGAAUCAGAGAAAGAAAGGAAUCUGUGACUGUGUUACUCUGUGGCACGAGUGGCUGUGGAAAAUCUACUUUAUCCGCCUUGCUGGGUAGUAGGCUGGGUAUUACAACUGUUGUAUCUACCGAUUCAAUUCGCCAUAUGAUGAGGAGCUUUGUUGCUGAAGAACAAAACCCACUACUCUGGGCUUCAACUUAUCACGCUGGUGAGUAUUUAGAUCCAGUUGCAGUGGCAGAAGCCAAGGCCAAAAAGCGGGCCAAGAAAUCAGCAGGCAUUCCUGCUUCCUCACUGGCUAAGAAUGAAGUGCUCGGUAAUUCCACUACUGGAAAACCUGAAGGCAAUGCAACCACCACUGAUUUGGUCAACCCAAAGCAAAUGGCAGUAGAAGGAUAUAAAGCACAAAGUGAGAUGGUAAUUGAUAGCCUCGACCGGUUGAUAACUGCCUGGGAAGAACGAAAAGAAUCAGUUGUGGUGGAGGGUGUUCACUUGAGCCUCAAUUUUGUGAUGGGACUAAUGAAGAAACAUCCUUCCAUCAUACCUUUCAUGAUUUACAUAUCAAAUGAGGGGAAGCACUUGGAAAGAUUUGCAGUUCGCGCCAAGUACAUGACUCUAGACCCCGCCAGAAACAAAUAUGUUAAAUACAUUCGGAAUAUUAGAACGAUACAAGAAUAUCUAUGCAAGCGAGCUGAUAAGCAUCUGGUGCCGAAAAUAAACAACACUAACGUUGACAAAAGCGUAGCAGCUAUACACGCAACUGUUUUCAGCUGCUUGAGAAGGCGCGAGGCGGGUGAGAAUCUCUACGAUCCAAUCACAAACACGGUUUCUGUAGUUGACGAGGAGUACAGAAAUCAGUGUACUGCCAAUUCGUUGUGCGUCGAAGGAAUGCUUCAGCUGAUUCGGCAAACCUCCAGUAGGCAUCUGAUGGCACUUGUGAAUCAUGAUGGUUAUGUGGCGAAGGCUUGGCCAGUUGACAUUGUAGAUGAUAAUGGAAAGGCAGUUUUUGGCGAUCCUAUGUGGAAUGGAAUAGGACCACCUCUUUACGGGCCAUUGCAUAUAGGCGAAUCGGAACCUGUGAACGUGCAUUUUGGUCACUUUGGGAUGAGUUCUUGGCCAGGUGAGACUGGCGGCACUAGUCAUGCCAGCAGUGUGGACGAGUCAAGAGGUGAGCUGACUGACAAUGGCAGUAGAUACGUUUCAUCGUGCUGCAGCUCGCCUAGGAUGUCUGAUGGGCCUGCUAAAGAGCGCAAGGAAGAGCAGUCUGUGCAUGGUAGUGACGAAGAAGUUGACGAGCCGCUGGAGUUAGACAGUGAUGAGGAUUUUAGUGAUGGACACGAGCAUCUCCAAGAAGAGUUUCAGUUGGAAGGCUCUGUGGACGAGGAAUCGACAAAGUCAGACGAGGAGUAUGACGAUCUUGCCAUGCAGGAUGUACCAGAUAGUGGCUACAUGUAUGACGACAAUGAUGAACAGUUGAACAAUAACACAAAUUCCAAUGAUGUGUUCCCUGUUUCAAAAGACAAAUUGGCCGAUAAAAACGAACUUCAUGGAGAAAAUCACCUGCAAAAUCUCGACUUGUUCUGCAGAACUAAAAGCGAAUCUUUGUCUGAGUCGAACCACCAGUCGACGAUUCGCCCUCUUACGCCUCCCCUCAGGCAUAAAAGCGAGAGGAGAGCGGCAACUUUUGGGAAUUUUAGACUGAGAAAACGUUCGCUGAGCAUGCAUCAAUAACCUUUAAAGAAGAAGAACGAGUUCCGUUGAGUUUCUCAUAUUCUCUGUCUCGUCUUUUAACAUCGUUACUGUAUUCUCUUUGAGAGUCUUUUCUUCCUUGUGCAGCUUUGACCAUGUUGUUAAACUAUUAUUCAACUCUCUUUUGUGCAUAGCAUAUAUCUUUUUUUCUUGAAGCUCCUUUUUUCCUUUAUGUUUUCUGAUGUACUUGGUUAAACGGGGUCGCCGCCCCCGAACCCCCGUAUUACUUAAAUGCACUUU